AUGAUUAUUUACAACGAUAUCUUCUCUGGUGAUGAAUUACUAUCUGAUGCUUACGACCUAAAAUUGGUCGAUGAAGUCAUUUACGAAGCUGACUGUGCUAUGGUCAAAGUUGGUGGUGAUAACAUUGAUAUCGGUGCUAACCCAUCUGCUGAAGAUGGUGAUGAUGAUGUUGAAGAUGGUUCUGAAGUUGUUAACAACGUUGUUCACUCUUUCAGAUUACAACCAACUGGUUUCGACAAGAAAUCCUUCGUUACUUACAUCAAGGCUUACAUGAAGGCUGUUAAGGCUAAAUUGACCGAAACUGACCCAGAAGCUAUUCCAGUUUUCGAAAAGGGUGCUCAAGCUUACGUUAAGAAGGUCAUUGGUUCUUUCAAGGACUGGGAAUUCUUCACUGGUGAAUCCAUGGACCCAGAUGCCAUGAUCAUCAUGUUGAACUACCGUGAGGAUGGUACUACUCCAUUCGUUGCUAUCUGGAAGCACGGUGUCAAGGCUGAAAAGAUCUAG